AUGAAUUCUAUUCCAGCAAGUCGUCGAUGGAUGUAUGAUAGAAUGUAUACGGGGAGAAGAGGUUUAAAGGAAUCUUUUGUACACGGGGUUGAAAAGUUUAUAACAAUAGCUUGUCAACAACAAAGCUAUGUUAAUGAAGGGAAACUUAGAUGUCCAUGUGCUAAAUGUCAGUCCACAAAGAUUGAUGGUGUUCAUACUGUGAGGCUUCACCUUUUCAAGUAUGGGUUCAUGUCGAACUACUACAUUUGGACUGAUCAUGGUGAAGAGAUGGCGAAUGUUGACAACAAUCUCAUAGGUGCUUCAAGUAUUGGUAUAAAUGCGACUGAAUGUGAAACCUCUAACUCAAUGCAUGAUAUGGUGUGUGAUGCUCUUAGGCAACAUGGGGCAUUUGACAUACUGGAAAAUAGUAACGUGGAAGAGCCUCCGAAUGAAGAAGCACAAAGAUUUUACAAUCUUUUAUCUGAGGCAAAUUGUCCAUUGUAUGAGGGAUCAUCAGAGUCUAAGUUAUCAAUGUGUGUAAGACUUUUAGCAUGCAAGUCUAAUUGGAAUGUUCCUGAUGAAUGCGUCGAUUUUAUAACAAAAAUGUUGUUGGAUGUGACUCCUGUGAAUAGAUGUUUGCCCAAAAAUUACUAUGACGCUAAAAGAUUAGUGUCAAAAUUGGGACUGAGUGCUAGAAGGAUAGAUUGUUGUGUACAAGGUUGCAUGUUGUUUUAUGACAAUGAUUAUGGAAAAAAUGAUGGUGCAUUAUUACAGUGCAAGUUUUGUCAUAUGCCAAGAUAUCAUGAUCGCAACACUGGAUCAAGCACAAAAAAACUAGUUCCAGUGAAGACGAUGUUUUAUUUGCCAAUAAUUCCUAGGUUACAACGACUAUUUGCAUCAGUGCAAACAGCUGGGCAUAUGUGUUGGCAUUAUCAAAAUAGAAGUACCUCUGGUGUUUUACGUCAUCCCUCAGAUGGUGAAGCUUGGAAGCACUUUGAUCGUGUGCAUCCAGAUUUUGCAGCCGAUCCUCGCAAUGUGCGACUUGGUUUAUGCUCAGAUGGGUUUAAUCCAUACAUUCAAUCAACAACUCCACCUUAUUCUUGUUGGCCGGUAAUUGUGACCCCAUACAAUCUUCCCCCUGAAAUGUGCAUGACAAAACCAUUUAUGUUUUUAACUUGUCUUAUACCUGGUCCACGGAAUCCAAAGGCCGCUAUUGAUGUGUAUCUAGAACCAUUGAUUGACGAUCUUAAAAAGUUGUGGAUUGGUGUCCAAACCUAUGACAUUUCAAAGAAGCAAAAUUUUAUGAUGAAGGCAACAUUAAUGUGGACUAUUAAUGACUUCCCUGCAUAUGGCAUGUUGUCUGGUUGGGGAACUCAAGGAGGGAUUACAGACAAAAGACGACUUUACGGGGUUGGAAAAGUCACUUCUCCAUUGACAGAUGUGGAUACCUUGAUAAAUGUAUCUUCUGGGCGUGCUACUGAAGAGUCAGAGAAAAUUAUUCAAUUGGAAGAGCAAGUCCGUAAGUCUAGGGAGGAGGCUCGUCAAUCUAGGGAACAAAAUAAACGCUUGCAAUGCCAGUUUCAAUCCCUGUUCAAUGUUGUUCUACCUCUCCUACCUUCUGAUACACAACAUAUUUUGCAACAACAGGUGGAUCAACAAUCUCAUGACAACCACGAUGACCAACAACCACCGCCUACUGGACACUAUGGGGAUGACUAUUAG